AUGGCGAAUUCACAGAAUAACAACGCCUUUAUAUUUCUGAUAUCAACUAUUAUUUUCCUGCUUUGUAUGAUUGACCUGGGGUUUGGUGAGAUUCGCUAUUCUAUUCCUGAGGAAUUGGAAUAUGGUACCCCUGUUGGGAAUAUCGCUGAAGAUUUGGGACUAAACGUUCGACAACUGUCAGCUCGACAAUGUCGUCUUGUCCCUGUUGACGGAAGGCAGUAUUUGGAGGUAAAUUUGGAGAGUGGCGUCUUAUUUGUUUACGAAAGAAUGGACAGAGAACAGCUUUGUGCACAAACCCUGACGUGUAUCAUUGUUUUCCAAAUAAUAAUAGAUAGCCCUCUCGAAAUGUACCGCGGUGAAGUGGAGAUUCUUGAUGUAAAUGAUAAUUCGCCCAGUUUCCCGGAGAGUGCUAUUCUCUUACAAAUGGCAGAAUCCAUUGCACCAGGCUCUCGUUUUCCGCUAGAGAGCGCACUCGAUCCAGACGUCGGGACAAAUACAGUCACCAGUUACAACCUCAGUCCCAAUGAACACUUCAGUCUAAAAGUGCAAACCAGGGAGGAUAAUAGUAAGGUUGCAGAGCUGUUGUUACAGAAACCCUUGGACCGCGAGCUGCAGUCAUCCUUUCAGCUCGUACUGAUUGCCGUUGAUGGUGGGGCGCCUCAAAGGUCUGGGACAAUUCAAAUCAACAUCAAUCUGUUGGACAUCAAUGAUAAUGCGCCAGUAUUCGAGCAUGAAGUGUACAGGGCGAGCUUGGUGGAAAACGCAUCUCCAGGCACCUUGGUGAUUAGAAUCAAUGCCGUCGAUCUAGACCAAGGCACGAAUGCGGAGCUAAGAUAUUCCUUCAUUAAUCUUGUUUCUCGGAGAGUGGGUGAACUGUUUAGUUUGGACCCGGAAACUGGAGAGCUCAGAGUUCAAGAGCUGCUAGAUUUUGAAGAAGAAAACAGAUACGAACUUGAUGUUCAGGCCAUGGACAAUGGUUCACCGGCAAUUGCGGGACAUUCCAAAGUACUGAUCAAACUAAUCGAUGUGAAUGAUAACGCCCCUGAGGUAAAAUUGACCUCAUUCACUAGCAAGGUCCCCGAAGAUGCUAUGCCCGGCACUGUGGUCGCUUUGAUAGAUGUAAUGGAUCGCGAUUCUGGAGCGAAUGGGAAAGUCCACUGCCAGGUUCCAAAGGAAUUCCCAUUUAAGAUCCAAUCCUCUUUGAAUUAUCAUUAUAAAUUGAUUACCAGUGGCUUGUUGGAUCGUGAAACGACCCCUCUAUAUAACAUACCGAUUUUAGCCUGGGAUUCAGGGUCUCCUCCACUAUCAACAAAUAAAACCAUCCAGAUAUCGGUUUCUGAUAUAAACGAUAACGCCCCAAGGUUUGCCCGUCCCAAGUACACAGUAUAUGUGAUGGAGAACAACGCUCCCGGUGUUUCUAUUUUUGCAGUGACUGCGUUCGAUCCUGAUCUGGAUCAGAAUUCCUAUGUUUCUUAUUCAUUCACAGGGAAUCAUCAGGAAUCGCCAGCGUACAUCAACCUCAAUGUUAAUUCGAUGAACGGGACCAUUUACGCGCUGCGCUCUUUUGACUACGAGCAAGUCAAAAACUUCCAGAUCCAAGUUCAAGCCCGAGACGCUGGCGUUCCCCCGCUGAGCAGCAGCGCAACCUUGAAUGUGAUCAUCCUGGAUCAAAAUGACAAUGCCCCUGUCAUUGUUUCCCCUUCAGCGCAGAGCGGAUCAGCAGCAGUGGAGAUUGUGCCUCAGUCAGCGGCUCAGGGGUACUUGGUCACCAAGAUAAUCGCAGCUGAUGCUGAUUCUGGUCAGAACGCACGCCUUUCCUAUCAGAUAGUGCAAUCAAGCGAUCCCACUCUGUUCACUGUUGCGAGCAAUUCUGGGGAAAUCAGAACAACGCGAAGCAUGUUGGAGCAGGAUGGCACAACGCACAGUCUUGUCAUCUCGGUGAGAGAUAAUGGGCAGCCCACUCUCUCCAGCACGGCUACAAUCUUCUUCUCAAUCUUGGCCAAUGUUAGUGAACAAAUAUCUGAAAGUAGUAAUUUAGUUAGUACUCCAGGAUAUUCCCUCGAUCUAAACCUUUACUUAAUCGCUGCUUUCGGUUCAACUUCGUUUAUAUUUCUUGUCACAAUCCUUUUGUUGGUUGGCGUGAAGUGCAAACAGGACAGAGACAGUGUUUCACGUUCCUGGUCCCCGGUUUGUUGUUGCAGGCGAAGGAAUUCGAAGGACGCUUUUAAUCGGGCACGUGCGCCAGCAGGCACUUUAAACUAUAGUGGAACUGGACAGAACAUCCCCUUCCCCGAAACUUACCAUUACUCGGUCUGUUUGUCUCCGGAAUCAUCGAAGAGCGAUUUUUUGUUCCUGAAGCCCUGCAAUCCACACUUUUCUCAAGGACAAUCUGUUAAGUCGAGUCCGACAACAAUGGCGUAUUCACAAAGCAGCAACGCCUGGAAAUUCAUGGUGAUAGUUUAUAUUUUCCUGUUUUGCGAACUGGAUGUGGUUUCUGGACAGGUUCGUUAUUCGAUUCCUGAAGAGCUAGAGCAGGGAGCUAUAAUUGGUAACAUUGCUGACGAUUUGGGACUGAAUACCCGGGCGUUUUUAUCUCGGAAAGGUCGGCUGCUCUCUGACUACAUAAAGCGCUAUUUGGAGGUGAACUUGGAAAAUGGGAUGUUAUUUGUCAAUGAGAGAAUAGACAGAGACCAGAUUUGUGGACCAAACCCUACAUGUAUACUUUCCUUCCAAAUAGUGUUUGAAAAUUCCCCCGAGAUGUACCGCGGUGAAGUGGAGAUUCUUGAUAUAAAUGAUAAUUCGCCCAGUUUCCCGGAGAGUGCCAUUCUUCUACAAAUGGCCGAAGCCAUGGCGCCAGGCUCCCGAUUUCCGCUAGAGAGCGCACUCGAUCCAGACAUGGGCACAAAUACAGUCACUGCUUACAGCAUCAGCCCCAAUGAGCACUUCGGUCUAAAAGUGGAGACUGCAGAAGACGGUACGCAGACAGUCGAGUUGCUGCUGGAGAAACCGUUGGACCGGGAACGACAGUCAUCCUUUCAAUUGAUGCUGACGGCCACUGACGGAGGCAGUCUUCCCAGGUCUGGGACAGCCCGUAUUCGUAUCACUGUGCUCGACAGUAACGAUAAUGCACCUGCAUUCAAUAACAAGGUCUACAAAGUCAGCCUGGUGGAAAAUUCACCCAGGGGUACCUUGGUGGUUUCAGUCCAUGCCACUGAUCCAGACGAAGGCCCGAAUGCGGAGGUAAAUUAUUCUUUCAGUAAUCGUGUUUCACAGAAAGUGCAAGAAUUGUUCAGUUUGGAUCCGCGAACAGGGGAGAUUACAAUUCAAGGGGCCCUUGAUUUUGAAGAAGCAAGUAGUCAUUCACUUGACGUACAAGCUGUCGACAAUGGUUCACCAGCAAUUGCAGGCCAUUCGAAAGUGCUGAUUAAGGUAAUUGAUGUGAAUGAUAAUGCCCCUGAGAUUAAAGUGACCUUAGUAUCUAGCAAGGUCAGUGAAGAUGCUGCACGGGGGACAGUGAUAGCUUUGAUCAAUAUAAUGGAUCACGAUUCUGGAGAAAGCGGACAGGUUCACUGUCAGAUCCCAUUGGACGUUCCCUUUAAACUUCAAACAUCUUCAAGUGGCCAUUAUAAAUUGGUGACCAGUGAUUUUUUGGAUCGGGAAACCACCCCUCUAUACAACAUACAUAUUUUAGCCAGAGACUCCGGUUCUCCUCCACUAUCAACAAAUAAAAGCAUUCAGAUCUCAGUUUCUGAUAUAAACGAUAACCCCCCAAGAUUUGCUCGACCCUUGGACACAGCAUAUGUGAUGGAGAACAAUGCUCCCGGUGCUUCUAUUUUCACAGUGACUGCGUCCGAUCCUGAUCUGGACCAGAACUCCUACGUCACCUACUCAUUCACAGAUGAACUUAUCCAUGGCUUCCCGUCGUCAAGUUACCUCAAUGUUAAUUCGAUGAACGGGACCAUUUACGCGCUGCGCUCUUUUGAUUACGAGCAAAUCAAAAACUUCCAGGUCCAAGUUGAAGCCCGAGACGCAGGCGUUCCCCCGCUGAGCAGCAGCGCAACCUUGAAUGUGAUCAUCCUGGAUCAAAACGACAACGCUCCAGUAAUUGUUUCACCUUCAGCACAGAGCGGAUCAGCAGCAGUGGAGAUUGUGCCUCAGUCAGCGGCUCAGGGGUACAUGGUCACCAAGAUAAUCGCAACUGAUGCUGAUUCUGGUCAGAACGCACGGAUCUCCUAUCAGGUGCUGAAAGCCACUGACCCCAGUUUGUUUAACGUGGGGCUUAACACUGGAGAAGUCAGAACAGCCCGAGCCAUCUUGGAACUAGAUGCCACCACACAAACUCUGGUCAUCUUGGUGAAGGAUAAUGGACAGCCGAGUCUCUCCAGCACGGUUACAAUCCACUUUAGAAUUUUGGGAAAUGUUACUGAAAUUUUCUCCGAAAGCAGCAAUUUAAUGACAAAUCCUGAAUACGUCGCUGGCAUAAAUGUUUAUUUAAUUGUUAUUUUAGGUUCAACUUCUUUUAUAUUUCUUGUAAUCAUCAUUUUGCUGAUUGGCAUCAAAUGUAAACAGGACAGAAAUCUUUCCGAAGACUACAAUUCCCCAAGUUGUUGCUACAGACUGGAAGAUUCUAAUGAUGCCUUUAGUCUGAGACCUGCACUGAAGGAAACUUUAAACUAUACUGGGGCUGGUGAGAUUGUUCGCUUCCCGGAAACGCACCAUUAUGCGGUUUGCCUGUCUCCGGAAUCAGCGAAGAGCGAUUUUCUGUUUCUGAAACCCUACACUCCGCCCAUGUCUCAGGAGAAAUGCUAA